AUGGCGGACUUGCAGAUGGUUGGCCAGUUCUCUACUCUGUCGGAUCUGGGGCGCAUGCUCCGGGAGAAGCUCAUAUCCGCGGACGCUUUCAAGGAGUUCGUCAGCUACAGUCGCUGCGCGUCGUACCCGUCGGUGGAGCAGUUCGAAGCUGAGAGGGAGGAUGUGGAAGCUGCUUGGCCAGCGUUUGCGGGAGACAUGGCAUUGAGUCGUCUGCCAGCGUUUUUUUGGAAGGCUCGAGGUGCGGAUGCUGGCGCUGCAGAGUGGGCAGACGAGUACGAGAAGCGAUUGCAGCACUGCCUGUCCCGCAUGAACCAUCACGUGCACCCCAAGUGCGAGCGGACGGGUGAGAGGCGGCCGCUGCGGUCGUGUAUGCCUAAAGGUAAGAGCGGGUGCAAGGCCGAUUUUCCGCUGGAGAACCAGAUGUGCAGGCAGCCGGUGCUUGUGUGUCGCUGCGUGGCCGUUUCCCGAUGCAUGCCAAUGACAGGGCCGCGGAGCGCUUUAGGGACAGUGUUGUCUGCCCGGAAUAGUGAAUGGUUGAACGCGGGCCCACGAGCGCUCAUUGCAUUUGCUGGGAGCAACGCCGAUGUGAAGUUCCCGCAUCGCUUGCCUAUUCUCCCCGAGUCCCACGAGGUAUUGGUGUUCGACGCGAGGAGACACACAUGCUACGGGGGGGGGGACCUGGCAGCCCAGGCGAACGAUCUGCAAGCGGCCAUGGCGUUGGCGGCAGGCUACUUUGGCGGGUACUCGUCGAAGAUGCAGGACAUUGGGCAGAAGGAGAUUCAGAGGCUGAGCGCGACGUUGGAGAGAAAGGUGGCCUCCGAUGGAGCCCGCUCAACGAACCGAACGGCGGCGCAGGAGUUCCAGCACUAUUCUCGGCGCCUCGUCCGGGAUUUGGAGUGCAAGGGCAUUGUGCGAACUUCUCUGGAGUCCUGCCUGUUGUCGCUGCACGCGGACCACCCAGACGCGCUGAUGGCGGAGUGCAUUCGGACGUUCCCCACGGUGCGGUUUCCAGCCGUGGACCUGCUGAAGCGCGAGGAGAUCGAAACGGGGAAAGUAGUAGGCAGAGCAGUCGCGUCGGGCAUGCGGCCGGGAGGGGGGAACUUGAACUUCAUGUACACGGAGGCUCCGUUUGCGCUAAUGUACGGGUUUCGGGGCACGUCUCACAAUGUGGAUGUAUUGAGCCCGUACGAGAUGUUAUUGCACUGGUCCAUGGAAAAGAUCCACCCCCCUCUGGGCCAGCAAGAGGUGUAUCGAGCAGUGAUGACAGAUGCGGGGCGUCGGUUUGCGAAAGAGUGCCGGGACGGAGGGAUCCGGUGCAACUACAAGAGCGGGGACCACUUCGUGGCGGUGGAGGCGCCCGGGAGGAUCUUGCUGCCAGAUGUCCCAGAGCUGCGGGGGCUUCGGCACGCGUGGUGUUGGGAGCGGAGGCACCGUCUGCACCUGCCCACGUGGACGUUUGCCCCGACGCCUGGCACUUCGCUCUCGCAGGAGGAGAACGCGCGUCGGCUGAGCGUGUACAUGCGCCCGUGGUGCUUGACAGAAGUGGACGCGAAAUGGUGGAACCCAAUACUGUCUGAUCUUGGGAAGUGCAUCGCCGUCGACGGGGAGGACGUCCCGGCGUGGCUGGACAUGCUGAACAGGCAAGGAAGUACGGAGGCAGCAGAGACGCCACGGGGAGAGUGCACGGGGUCGGAUGUUGCAGUGAAACGUCGCCGGUUUACAACGAAGGGGCCCCCUGCGGAGGUCGUGGAGUCGGAGACGUACUAUUCGUAUCGAUCCUCGUGGGAGAAGUACUUGGACGGGUACGUCGUGUCGAAGACGAGCCAGCGGUACAUCGUGAACUUGUUGGCCGCAGCGUGCACAGUCGCCAGGGAGGAGCACAUCGACUCGUCUGACGGGAGUUCCGAGGAGGCGUGGAAGAACGAGGACACGCGGGCAGGGUCGAUGGAUGUUGUGCACAAGGCGCUGAAUGGGAUGGCGCGGUUGGAUGCGACCGAACAGUCGACGGGUUUCGGCCGCCACGCAGACAUCAUCAACAUGGGCCGGGCGCUCUGGCAGACGCCACCUCUGGGAGAACGCGUCGCGCAGCGCAUCGUGGAGGUGGAGUUUGACAGCCGCGGGUAUCCUGCUAGCGAAGAGCUGCGGAAGGCGUUCGCGAAGAAGAAGAGCAUGGUGGAAGACAGACCAGCUCCGUACCGCGGAGUGACGAUGCCGUUCGCGAGUCUGUCCGUCGUGGACUACGGGCGCAGGAUGGACGAGUGGCUCGCGCAGCUGCAGAGGGAGGGCAUGGCGCCGGAGCCAGAGGACGUAGCCGUCAUCGAGGAGGUCAUGCGGCGGGUGCGGGUGGAGUUUGAACUCGAGAAAGAAGGGUGCGAGUUGCCGAAGGGGCACGCCGAUCGGGAAGUAGGCAUGGUGGCGGACACUCUGCUGGGCGCGUUGGACAAGCACCUGUCGGACGCGGCGCAGGUGAACCGGUAUCGCAGGCGUUCGGACAAGACCUACAGGCCAUUCGGCGGGUACAACGUUCUUGCCUUUGGGGACUUCUACCAAAUCCCGCCGAUCCCUGCUUCUGCCGCAGUGUUCUUGCCGCCGAAGGAUGGGAAGACAUCGCAGGAAAAAGCAGCUCUGGAGUUGUUCUGGAGCAGCGAUCCGCGCGUCGGUCUGACGCACUUCUGGGAGCUGGUGAUUCAGAAGAGAGUGACGGCGGAUCCGUGGUACAAUUCGGUGUUGCAAGAGGCGCGGGAGGGGCGCAUGUCGGAGGAGUCGUAUCAUUUCCUGAUGGGCAUGCCGACGGCGCACGCGGGGUGCUGGCCGUUUGCGGCCGGAUGCACGUGCCAGGAAGGCAGGUGCAAGACGCUGGACGCGGUGUGGGCGGACAUGAAGCUUCGCGGGGCGACCUGGCAAGCCAUGCGGGAGCUGGAGUGCGCAGAGUGCCAGUCUGAGCGUGAGAGGAGGAACCGGCUGGUGCUGCCGGAGGACCAGCGCGUAGUGCAGGAGCCCUUCGUGUCAGCACCGUACAUGCACAAGAACAACGACCCGAAGUACCACGCUAUGCUGCUGAGGGCGGCAGAGUUCGCGAAGGCCCACGAGCUGCAUACCCUAUGGUUCACCGCUCAGGAUAAGCCGGACAACCCAGCGCAGAUUGCGAAGACACCGGGGAAGCUCAAGCAGGGUCUGGAGAAGUUGCUCAUGCUCCACGAUCAGAAAACGGCGGGGAUUCCAGGCGUUAACAUUCUGUAUGUGGGUAUGAAGGGCCGGACGACCGAAAAAGUGUGCAAGGCGAAGGACAUUGUGAUUCUCAAGCACAUGUCUUGCGAGUUGGUCGGGUGGGAGCUCCACCCCGCCGAUCGCGUUCGAGUGGCGGGGUCGGAGAGGUUCCUGAAUUACUUGCCCCGUUGCCUGUACCUCCGCGUGGACGGCGCGACAUGGAACGGUGCGCAGUGGCCGACGGAGCGCCGAGCCGGCGCGUGCGGAAAUUCAGCGUCGGGGGCGAAGAUACGGCGCACGGGUUUCACGUGGAUCCCGGACUUCGCCAGCACGGCGUUCAUGAUGCAGGGGGCGACCUUGACGGCCGGGCUCGCCGACUGUGGAGACGUCCUGGAUCUGGUCGGCUCCUCCGAGGCGAUGACCGCGUACGUUAUUCUCUCGCGGCUGACGUCGGCAGAGGGUUUGCUAUUGCUGCGCGCUUUCGCACCUGAGCUUUUCCGACAAGGCGCCGCGGCGGGGCCCCACUGCUUGUUGAAGUUGCUGCGCGCGCGGCAUGGGCCAGACGCAGCGACUGCAGGAGGGCCUGCAGGAGAGGCUCAGGAGUACGGCAGAGCUGAGGCGACGGAGGAGUAUGCCACGAUGGUGGCUGCGCAGGAGGCUGGCAGGGAGCGGAGGAAGCAACGAGGUCCAACGUGGGCUUGCUGGUGCUGUCGCCUGGCGUUUCCAGCGGAGGGUUUCGGAGCAAAGCCGCGGCAUCGGGGAGACGUCGGGGAGAAGUGUCUGGGUUCGGGGCAUUGGCGCGAGUGCAAGGCGUGCGCGGACGCGUUGUGUAGCGAACGGGCAAAGGAUGCGGCGGCGACCUUCCUGCAGAAACAGUGCAUUUCGUGUCAGCAUCUACAGAUUAUAGCGCUGUUCGAGGAAGGGAGUGACGAGUGCAACGCGUGCGUGCUUGCCGGCAGCUACGAGGUGUACGUCUGCGCCAAGUGCGGGGAGUACGUGUCAGGCGUGCACGCGUUCAGGAUGCCAGGGGCAGAAGUGGCGCAUUGCUGUUCCAAGUGUUGCAAAGACCAGUGCGUCUUCGAAUGCACUGUGUGCGGCACGGAGAAGCCAGUGAUCAGUUUCCGAGGCCAGCCUCGCCAAGUUCGCAGACAGGCCAUCCGUCGGUGCGCGGAGUGCGAAGUGUGCGUCGUCUGCAAGGAAAGGGUCGAGGAUUACAGGAAAUUCGUUUGCAAUGGGCGGGUGUGCGCGAUGUGCGCACCUGUGAAGUGCGAGGUGUGCGAGAGGACGCUGGCGAAGGACAGCUUUCCGCGGUGCGGGCGGACGCAACAGAGGGGUGCUGAGCGGCAUGUCCGGCGGUGCCUGGAAUGCCACGAGUGUCCCGAGUGCAGGCAGGUGCUGGACAAGCAGUGCUUCUCGAAGGCCGAGAAGGUUUGCAGAGAGUGUAGCGCGCGUCUAACGUGCGAGGUGUGCGAGAGGAUGCUGCCGAAGGACUCCUUUCCGAAUGGCGGGCGGCAGCGGCAGCGGGGAGAUGAACGGCCUGUGAGGAGGUGCUUGGAAUGCCACAAGUGUUCAGAAUGCAAGCAGGUCUUAGACAGGAAGUGCUUCACGAAGGCCGAGAAGGCGUGCAUGCAGUGCGGCGCGGCAGCAGAGAAGUGCGAGGUGUGCGAGAGGAUGCUGCCGAAGGUCUCCUUUCCGGAUGGCGGGCGGCAGCGGCAGCGGGGAGCUGAACGGCCUGUGAGGAGGUGCUUGGAAUGCCACAAGUGUUCAGAAUGCGAGCAGGUCUUAGACAGGCAGUGCUUCACGAAGGCCGAGAAGGCGUGCAUACAGUGCGGCGCGGCAGCAAAGAAGUGCGAGGUGUGCGAGAGGAUGCUGCCGAAGGUCUCCUUUCCGGAUGGCGGGCGGCAGCGGCAGCGGGGAGCUGAACGGCCUGUGAGGAGGUGCUUGGAAUGCCACAAGUGUUCAGAAUGCGAGCAGGUCUUAGACAGGCAGUGCUUCACGAAGGCCGAGAAGGCGUGCAGACAGUGCGGAGCGCUGGCGACUUGCCCGUCGUGUGGGGCGACGAAGAGCCCGACAGAGUUCGACGCGGAGGUGUUGCGGCAUGCGCGGAGACACGGCCGGGGCGCAGUAUGCCGAGCCUGCAAGAGCUCCACGGGGCCCGCUGCGCGGAAGAAGGUGAAAGCAAUGUAA